UAUAUUUAUUCGGUUAUGUGAUUUUAGAUUGAAAGCAAUUUAGGUUUUGCAUAGUAUUUUAAUGCUGGCCGAGUAUAUAUAUAUUCUGUGCUGAUCUGUUACAGGGUUCCCCCUUUUCCCUUCAAUUGUGGGAAUUUUGCGCUGUAUUGCUGCAUCCUCUGUGCACCUAUUGCGGUCUUCUGCUGGGGUUCGUUUCCCCCCCCUCUCUUUCCCCUCGGCCUUAUCAUCGACGCUGUUUCCCAGUCCUUUUACUGGUGGGGUUUCGUUUUUGUCCCCCCUCCUCUCCCCCUACCUUGGCGCCGCUCCGCUUUCUCCCUGCUGGCCUCCGACGGCAUAGUUUUCAGCGGCGCUUCCCUUGGCUUCCCGCGGCUCCGAGAUCUCGGCGGCCAUCUUGGGGAGCUCCCGCCCGUCCUCUCGCGGGAUUUCGGAGCGCUCAUCAGUUGCCUCACUGCUCCUCACAUCUCCGGAUCGGCUCCUACCUCUCUGCGGCGCUUGGGGUGAUUAACCCCUGCUUAGGUUAGUUCCUUCGGCCACAGUUUAGGCACUAUUAGUCUGGGUACAGUAGGGAAUCCCAUCGAUUAUUCUGAUAAUAUUACCAGCAAUAUAAUCGAGAUCAUGUCCUCAGACCGAUCCCCCUCUGGGCCUAAUCCCCCCCCACCAUCGGGGGAUCCCGGUUUGCCAGCCAUGAGCACACAGGCCCUGGAGCUACAACGCUCAGUGUCUAGUGCCAUUAUAGAGGCCAUGGGCUCCAUGUCCUCAAUGAUCUCUCAGACCAUUUCUCAGGCCUUAUCUGCCCAUGCUCCGGGCCCCUCUAAUUUAAUGCCUGCACCCACUAACCCGCAGCCUGCCAUUGAACCUCCUGCCCAGGAGAAUUUGAUUGGUGUGAUCCAAGCCACCCAGGAUAGCGCGCUUAGAUCGCGCAAAAGAGCCUUGCCGCGCCAGGCAGAAAGGGCGCGAACGUGGAAAAGUGCUAGAGCACUAACUUAUGAUAUAGAUUCUGAUAACGAAUCUGACAUGGAGGCUUAUGCGGAGGCAGAUGACCACUCUGAUGGAGAGUUGGAAACGGAACAGGAGUUUCCAGGUACCUCAGGCCCUAGGCCUUCCACAUCUGGGUCCGUGGGCGCAUCCACCUCUGCCCCCAACACGGCUUCUAGCCUGGUGGAUCCCUCUGGCAACCCAUUAUUUGACCCUGAUGCCCUCCACCACCCUAGGUCGGCGGAGUGGAUGCCUGUAGCUCAUGUGAGCGACUACCUGGAGCAUUGGGUGCGCCGUCCUCUUAGCAAAGAGGCGCGCAGUAAGCUCCGUGCGGAAUGCCCCAUGCCAUUAAUCCCAAACAAGGUCUGCGAAACGCCAGCUGUGGAUCAAAAGAUGACGCAGUUUUUGGCCAAAACCGGCUGGAAUCCCCGUAAGGGGCUUGAUUCCGCUAUUAAGAGUUGUCAGGACAAGCUCCUCGACAUUUUUGGCCCCCUUGCCAAAAUUUUCGAGAUGGCCGAAUCGGCCAAAGUGGACGGCUCUCCGGUUGACCCGGAGGAGCUUACUGGCUGGAUUCAAAGAGCCAUUUGCAUUGCGGGCAGCACUAACUCCUCCCUGUCCAUUGAAAGGCGUAAAGACAUCCUUUUUAAAAUCGACCCAAAAUUGGCCAACUUGGCCCUCACUGAGACAGGGAAGGAGGCUCAGGGUCAACUGUUCGGGGAUUCCUUCAUUAAGGACCUCAGCAGGUACGUUGGAGCAUUUACAGCUUUGGACAAGGCCCAGUCAUCCAUGAAAAGGGUAUUUCAGGGACGGGUCUCCACUAGGGCCGGCAGUGGUAGGGGCCGUCUGUCCGGCCGCUCCAGUUAUCAAGCCCGCAGCUCGGGCAGAGGCUCCUUCAACCAGAGGCCUCCUUUCCAGGACCAAAGGAAUCCCCCCUCAUUCUUCCCGGCCAGAGGCGGCCAAUGGCGUUCCAGGUCGGUCAGAGGGAAUCCGAGCUACAGAAAAUCUUUCGGUAAGUUUUUCCCCAGUGGGGACUUCUUCCACCCCUCGCGUAGGGGGCAGACUCCGUCUAUGUUCCCACGUUUGGUCCAAAAUCACAUCAGACCCAUGGGUGCUGACCACUGUGCAGGGGUUCCACAUAGAACUUACGGGUUCCCCAGAUUUCGUCCUUUCUCCCCCGCCCCUGGCGCUACCGGACAGGGAGCUAGUGGACAUAGAACUUUUUUCCCUCUUGCACAAGGGUGCGAUAGAAAGGGCCCCUCCUACCCGAUGGGGCGUUCUCAGCCACAUUUUUCUAGUUCAGAAAAAAGGGGGUCAAUUCCGUCCGGUCAUAAAUCUCCGGGCUCUGAACUCUGUGGUGCGCUACCGCCACUUCAAGAUGGAGGGGAUUCACCUCCUUCGGGACUUGCUGAUUCCAGGGGACUGGAUGGUGAAGCUGGAUCUCAAAGAUGCCUAUCUGACGGUUCCGGUGGCCUCCUCCUCCAGGGACCUUCUUCGCUUCCUGUGGAAGGGCGAAGUGUGGCGCUCCCAGUCAUGGCCUGGCUGCGGAGUCGGGGGGUGCGUCUUGUCAUAUACUUGGACGACAUCCUCAUUAUGCACCAGGAUCGGCAGUCUCUGCUACAACACCUCCAGUGGACCUCGGAUCUGCUGACGAGUCUGGGUUUUCUACUCAAUCUCGGGAAAUCCUGUCUCACGCCGUCUCGGCGUAUGGAGUUUCUGGGCUUCACGGUGGACUCUGUCGCGGAAUCCCUCAGUCUUCCUGCGGAGAAGUUGCGGACUAUACGCAAGGAGUUGAGACAUGCUCUCUCGACUCCCUCCCUAUCUCUACGCCAUCUGGCUCGCAUCAUUGGGCUAUUAGCCUCCUCUAUCCAGGCAGUCUUUCCCGCUCCACUCCAUUAUCGGGCUUUACAGCGUCUGAAGAUCGCCCACCUCCGUGCCGGGGCCUCAUUUGCAGACGCGGUGAUUCUGGAUCAGGAAGCUCAGGAGGAACUCCGUUGGUGGUUGAGCAACUUGGAGGCCUGGAAUGGCAGAGCAAUUUUCGGAUUCCAACCGGAAUUCACGGUGGAAUCGGACGCGAGUCUCCAGGGCUGGGGGGCCCACUGCGAGGGUAUCUCCACUGGCGGUCGAUGGUCGGAGUCCGAGACCCGUUUUCACAUCAACGCUCUGGAACUUCUAGCGGGUUCGUUUGCCAUCAGGAGUUUCACCAAGGGCAUUGCUCAUGCAUGCAUCCGUCUACGCAUGGACAACGUGUCGGCGGUCCGAUACGUCAAUCAUCUAGUACCCGUCUCAAGCCUGGUACCCGAUUAUCCUGGAACUCCUGGUGGAUGUGCCUCUCCUACUCCCGACGCGGACGGAUCUCCUCCAGGACCCGCUGGGUGCCCCACAUCCUCUCCUGGUCGACGGCUCCCUUCAACUUCUGGCGUGCCGAAUCUCAGGACUCCAGGCGAGGUCGAGGGAGUUUCGGAGGCAACUAGACGCCUCCUGGACAACGCUUGGGCUCCCGGCACCCGAAAAUCUUACCGGGCAGCUUGGAGAUCUUGGGUUGGCUGGUGCAUGGAACGGGACCUGGAUCCCGUUUCGGCGUCUGUGACCCAUUUAUUGCAAUUCCUGACGUCUCUUUUUGAAGCAGGGAAAGCUUAUCGGACCAUCAAUUUGUUCGGUUCUGCGAUUUCCUCGACUCAUCAGGGUUUUGAUGGCGUUCCUGCUGGUCAACACCCUUUGGUGUCUCGGCUUUUACGUGGCUCGCGUUUGGCUCGGCCUCCUCGGCCGCGUUUCACCGCUACGUGGGAUGUCUCCCUGGUCCUGUCUUUUCUCUCUUCCUGGCCCGACAACGCGUCUCUUUCCCUCCGUCAGCUUUCGGCCAAAUUGCUGACUCUUUUUUGCCUGAUUUCCUGUAAGAGGGUCUCAGAUGUUAGGGCUCUGGAUCAUGAUGCCAGGUCCUUUACGCCCGAGGGUGUUACUUUUAACAUCACACGGCGUACCAAGACCAAUAUUCGGUCGGUGUCCUAUCCCAGUUUUCCGUCUUCUCCGGCGCUCUGUCCUGUAGUGUGCCUGCGGGAGUAUGAGUUGCGCACUCGGUCUCACCGUUCUGCGGACACUCCGCAGCUUUUCCUCUCUAUUCGCCAUCCCUUUGGCCCGGUGACCAGUCCUACUUUGGCGCGAUGGAUGAAGUGGGUCAUGUCCCUUUCCGGGAUUGAUACGACGAUCUUUACCGCUCACUCGGCCAGGGGCGCGGCUGCUACUGCCCUGGCAGUUUCGGGGGCUCGUUUGGAGGACAUUCUGCGUCUGGCUGACUGGUCUAGGGCCACGACGUUCACAGAAUUUUAUUUCCGUCCUCCUACUCACGUGUUUUCAGCUAUUAUUGAGCAGCUUUGAACUUGCAAUACGAAGCCUCCGUGUCUUGCUGUAAAACUAAAUGAUUUUCCUAUUUCAUGACGUAAAGUCAUAGUUUUAUUAAAGACACGGAGGCGAGUAUUGCCCGCCCUAGGUUUUCUCUUGCCCCCCCUAUUGUUAUGGCAUUAUUGUUAUUGACUGUUUGACUGUCUUUUAUUGUUAUUUAUGACGUUUGGCCGUUCAGUUUUAUUAUGGUUGUUUCAGCGACCUUUUUGAUGUGCGACCGUUAUAGGGUCGAGAUUGCGCAUUUCGUACCCAUGUGCUUACACUGGCUAUAUUAUUUGUUCUGUUUCAGGUUGAGAGCUCCUUGGCAGAUGGCGUUCCGUGUUGUUCCGGGUUUCCUGAGAUGUUAGCCAUGUUGGCUUGAGUUCUUCAGUCGGAGGGACCAGAAGGGGCCGUGUCGGUUCCGGUUUCCAGUUCGAUUCGUUUUCAGUUAUGGUUGGCGGUUGGUGUCGUGGAUUCAAAGAAAGAGGAAGUUAUGAAGAGGACACUGCUUAUUAUAGGAUCUGUUAGGGGAGGGUCCUUAGUUGUUUUGAUUAUGUUAAUUUUUCCUUUGCUGCUAUUGGUGGAAGUAAAGAAGGAGA